AUGCCGAAAAAUGAAGAAGCAAUAGAAAACACCAGGUUUUUGUUUUCAAAACAAACGGAUUGGAGCAGAAUAAACUUUACGUUUUUAGUAUUUGUACUUGGAAUAAAAACUGUAUUUUGUAUAUUGUUAUUUCUGUAUAAUCAUAUACCUCUAUUUUUUAUUUUUUUUAUAUCAGUAGUAGUGUCUUUUUACGCACUUAUAGUAAACACAUUUAAGACGUUGCUCUUAUAUAUACUCGUGCAUUUUUCUAUAUUAACAUCUAUAUUAUUGUCGUAUUAUGAAAUUAUACAUGUAGAUUAUAUAUCCAAUGCUUUUAAAGAAGUAUUUCUUUCGUCAGUGUUGUAUACUGUUUUUCCUCUGUUUGUAUUAGAAUUACUUGUUGCUAUAAUAUAUAUAUGUUUAAAAAGAAGAAAAAGAGGGUAUAUAGAGAGGAGGUUACAAGAGCUAAAAAUUAUUAUUGAUGGAAAAAAUGACAAAGUAAAAGAAGAAAAACUGUUGUCCCUACAAAUAGAUUUAGAAAAAAACCAACUAAACACAUAUGAUAGGAGCUAUAAAUAUUAUUUAACUCAUUACAAAAAUAAAAAAUACAUAUGCAUAGAAAAAAAAACGGAUUAUUCAAGUGAUGACGAUGAUUUGAAUAAUAACUGGAGUAAUCAAAAUUAUAGUAGCAAGUAUCAUCAUAACAAGUAUCGUCAUAACAAACAUCAUCGUAACAAGCUUCGUAAUAGCAGUAAUCAUAAAAAUAAUCAUCAUAAUAACAAUGAUCAUAAUAAUAGUUAUUAUGAGAAGAACGAUUUCUCCUUAUAUUUUAAAGAUAGGGAUAUUGAAAAAAAUAAAACAAUUUAUGUGGGGAAAAAUCAAUACAGAGACUUCUCACAAAGCAAUUGUAUAUCUUAUAAUGGAUUAAGCGAAGAUUUAAGCUUUGUUCAUGCAGGAAUUAAAAAAUAUACAAAAAAAAAUGAACUUAGUAAAGUAAAAGAUAAAAGUAAUAAAAAUAAGAAAAAAGAAGAAUAUCAACCAUGCAACAGUAAUUCAUCAACAAGUAACAUUAUACAAAAGGAAAGUAAGAAGAAUGAAAAUAUAAACAAUCAAAAUAGGAUAAAUGUACAAACCAGUGAUGGAAGCAGAAAUAACUCAGAAUGUGCAAAUAGAAAAAAGGAAUCCAACAAACGAGAAAAAAGUAUUGAUAAGAAUAAAAACAUGGAUAAGAACAAAAAUGUUGAUAAGUACGAAAACGAUGAUAAGUACGAAAACGAUGAUAAGUACGAAAACGAUGAUAAAUACGAAAACGAUGAUAAGUACGAAAACGAUGAUAAGUACGAAAAUGUCGAUAAUAAUAAAAGCGCUGAUAUUUAUUCUUCCAAUUAUUUGGCAAAAAAUGAAAAAGGACACAAAAGUGACACACUUUCGUCAGAUGUAAAUAAUAACAAGAAUUAUUUAACACCAAGUAAAUACUCUUUACAUACUCAGGAACAUUCGAACAGUUCGUUAUGUGCAAAUUCAAAUAUAUCUGUAACGAAAAUGGUAUCUCAAGUAAGUGAAGACACACAAAAUGAUGUUACUCCACAUUUAAAGAAAAAAGACACAAUCCUUGUAGUAACUAAUGAGGAAGAAAAUCGCAUUAUUGAAAAUUUUAUAGGAAGAAGAAACAAAAAAGAAAUAAAACAAAAUAUAGAACCCAAUUUGGAAAUCCAGGAACCCACAAAGCAACAACUGCUGAAAGAGAAUAAAAAUACUCUAAGUGAUGAUUAUUAUAAACAUAAUAUUACAAAACAGAUGAAGAACCAGUAUGAAACUAAGAAAAAAUCAAGUUAUACGAAUAGAAAUAUCGUACAAAGAGAGGGUGGAGAAAUAAAAAAAUUGAACACCAUACUUCUACUGUCGAAUAACAGUACCAAAAUAAAUGAAGAAUUUAAACAAAAAGACAAUGAAAAGAUUUCAAAACUAAAAAACUGUAUUACUUCUUACCCAUUAAAGGUGGAAGAACAAAUAAAUAAUUUUAUUUUAGAUAAAAACAAAAAAAAAACUGUAAGCUAUUCGCAAAAUUCAAAUAAAGAAAAAGGUAAUGAACGAAUUAUAGGCAUAGAUAAUCAAUACAGUGUUAACCUUACUAAUAAUUUCAUGGAAGAGAAGUAUGAAAAAAAGGAGUCCAAAACAAGGAUUAACUCUGAAGGAUGUAAAGAAUAUGAUGAAAACAAUUCUCUGGAAAUACUUAAAAAUAUUGGUCAUAUCGGUAGUAAUAACUUAAUUUGUGAUAAUUUAGUUGAUAAGAAGGAAUACAGAAAAAAUGUGACACUUAGAAUGGACCAGAAAAGAUCAACAGUUAGAGAAUAUAAACAUUUUGAAAUCCCCCACGUAGUGAAAGAAAUAAAUUUUGUAAAUCAGCAGACACCUACAAUCAACAUUCCAAGAAAAGAAGAUAGAGAAGGAGCAAAAGGAGCAAAAGGAGCUGGUAAUGAUCCAAAAAAUGUAAGUGGUUUUGAGGAUAUAAAAGUGCCCGAAAGUGUACUUUAUUAUGGAACAAAAGAAAGCAAGGUACAAUGCAAGGGGAUGAAGAAUCAGCAACAGAAGGAGAGACAGAAUGAACAGAACAAGGAAACAAUGAGUAAGCAGUACAGAGAGAUCAAGAAUGAUCAGAAUAAGGAGAUGAAGCAUGAACAGAAGGAGACGAAGAAUGAACAACAAAAGGAAAUGAAAAAUGAAUAUCACAAGGAUAGGAAGAAUGAAAAAAAUAAGAUGGAAAAUAAAGAGCAAAAGGAAAUGCAAAAUGAACAACAGGAUGUGAUGAAAAUUGAUUAUUACAAGGAAAAGAAAAAAGAGCAGCAGAAGGAGAUAAGAUUUGAACAGAACAAGGAGAUGAAGAUUGUACAGCAAGAGGAUAUAAAAAAUGAACAGAAAGAGACAAAGUAUGAACAGAACAAGGAGAUGAAGAUUGUACAGCAAGAGGAUAUGAAAAAUGAACAGAAAGAGACAAAGUAUGAACAGAACAAGGAGAUGACAGCAAGAGGAUAUGAAAAUGAACAGAAAGAGACAAAGUUGAACAGAGUACAGCAAGAGGAUAUGAAAAAUGAACAGAAAGAGACAAAGUAUGAACAGAACAAGGAGAUGAAGAUUGUACAGCAAGAGGAUAUGAAAAAUGAACAGAAAGAGACAAAGUAUGAACAGAACAAGGAGAUGAAGUAUGAACAGCAAGAGGAUAUGAAAAAUGAACAGAAAGAGACAAAGUAUGAACAGCAAGAGGAUAUGAAAAAUGAACAGAAAGAGACAAAGUAUGAACAGAACAAGGAGAUGAAGAUUGUACAGCAAGAGGAUAUGAAAAAUGAACAGAAUGAGGACAUGAAGAUUGUACAGAAGGACACAAAGAAUGAACAGAAAAAGGAGGUGAACUCUGAACAGAACAAGGACAUGAAUAUUGAACAGCAUAAGCAGACGAAGAACGAACAGAACAAGGAAAUGAAAAAUGAAUUGCAAAAGGACAUAAAUAAUAAACAAAAAAAAGAGACGAAGAAUGAACAGAACAUGAUGAAGAUUGAACAUCAAACGGAAAUGAAAAAUGAACAACACAAGGAAGCAAUGAAUGAACAGAAUAAGGAAACGAUGAAUGAACGGAAUAAGGAAACGAUGAAUGAACAGAAUAAGGAAACGAUAAAUGAACAGAAUAAAGAAACGAUGAAUGAACAGAAUAAGGAAACGAUGAAUGAACGGAAUAAGGAAACGAUGAAUGAACAGAAUAAGGAAACGAUGAAUGAACAGAAUAAGGAAACGAUGAAUGAACAGAAUAAAGAAAUGAUGAAUGAACGGAAUAAGGAAACGAUAAAUGAACAGAAUAAAGAAACGAUGAAUGAACGGAAUAAGGAAACGAUGAAUGAACGGAAUAAGGAAACGAUGAAUGAACAAAACAAUGAGCAAUACAAAAAAGCCGAAGGUUCCUUGGAACCCCAAAUUCUCGGCUCAAAAAAUAAUAAGGAUGAAAAAAAAUAUGAUGAUAAAAACAAAAAAAGCUGCAAUAUUGAUGCAAAAGGGGAAGCUAAGAUAUGCGAAUCUAAUCAAAGGUUUAACGGAAGUGAUACUGUAAUUAAUACAAAGGAAAGUAAAGAUUUAAUUAAAAGAAACGAUUCAUCAACGUAUCAAAAGGAAUGGGUAAAAUUAGAAAAAAAGGAUAUAGAAAUAUUGAAGCAGUCUGUUAAUAUAAACAGUAUUGAACAUAUACCAAUUGAUGAUUAUUAUAUAAAAUAUAAAAAAGAAAAAGAAAUAAAGCAAAAUUUAUUUUCAUACUCCAUUAAUUCUAAUAAUGGUAAUCCUUCUUAUAUAAAUAUAGAACAAGAUCAAAAGGAAGAUACAAAAGAGAGGAAAGAAGAAGACAAAACAACUAAUGCAAAAAUUAUGGAGAAAAAAAUAAAAAUAACGAAUUUAGAAAUAAAUGAUACAUCUGACGUAAAUAGUGUUAAAAGUAGUAUUCCCCCCAAUUUAGACACUGUUAAAAUAUGUGAUAUUGAUGACAAUUCUAAAAUAAAUCAAUUUGACAAGUACACUUAUAGGGAUAAUAUAAAGAUAAAAAAAAUAGAAGAACUUAACCAAAAUAUCGUGCAAGAUGAAGCGAAAAAUUACCAAGGGAUCAUGGAUUUUAUUCACACGAAGAGUUAUGAAAAUGAGGAAAGUAAAAAUAGUAAAGCAGAAAAACCUAAUGAAAAAGGCUUAAGCAGUUUCUUGAAAAAUAUAAGCAACUAUAACAAUAUCAUGCUCUUAGAUGUAAAAAAUACUGAAAAGGAAGGAUAUAGAAAUUAUGAAAAUAAUUUAAAAAUGGAAUCCAAAACUGAUGGAGAGCUUUUAUAUAAUGGUCGUUUAGACAAGGAUAUAAAUCACAAUGAUGCAAUAGGUCCUAGAAGUUUAGUUAGUACAAGUGAUAACACUAAUGCCGUUUAUAGCAACAACUGUAAUAAUAAUACAGGAGGAAUAACAGUUAAAAUAGGUGAUGUGAUAAAUGAUGGCACCAAUCUAUUAAGUAGUUCUCGUGCAAACAUAAAAGGUACAAAUGUCAUAAACGAAUCUUCAAGUCCAAUGGAUUAUAUGAAUGUUGUCGGCAGUUUAAACAGUACCAUGAAUGAUACAAAUAUGGAUGUUAUUAUUGAUAGUAAUAACAAUGAUAGUAACAACAGUAAAUUUGAUAACAACAAUGACAGUAGCAAUGGUGGGGGGAAUAACUCCGAAGGAUUCCCAGAAUCUAACUCAAAUUCCAUAUUCCAACAAAGAAAGUCCUUUUUUGAAAAUCUAAAAAGAGACAAAUCUCUUAAUAGCAAUUCUGUAAAAAUGGAACAUACUAAUGAACAAGAAAUUUUAAAAAAAAAAAACAACAAAAUUGUGAAUGAAAGAUUAAAUUUUAAUUCUUCUAUGAACCUGCAAAAAAAAGAGAAUUUACCAUCACCUGAUAAAAAAAAUGAUAAAUCUUAUUUAAAUGGUGAUGUUAAUAGUAAAAAGGAUUUUGAAUAUAUGGUAGAAAAUUUUUCAAAAUUACAAAAAGUACAUAAUUUAAAGGAUAAUUAUUAUAUUAUAAAUGAUAAAAUGAAAAGUAGUACAAAAGAAAAUAGCAAAACAACAAGUCCAGAAAAAAAUGAAAAACUUCUUUUGUCGAACAGUUUAUCAGCAACAAACCUUUGUGAUACUAAUAUUAAUGAAAAUGAGAAAUUAAAAAUCGUUGAGGAAAAUAAGAACGUAGAAAAUAAAAAAAAAGCAACAGAAUAUUUUGUUAUAUUUGAACGCGGUGAUAUAUCAUCUAGUGAAAUGGUUAAGGACAGUGUAAAACCUAAUGAACCCUACGACUCUGACAAAAAAAAAAAUUUUGAUGGUUUAACCUUGAAAAGAGGUACACUUAACCAUUUAACUGAUAACUCAAAUUUUAACCAAAAAAAAGAUAUUGAGAUUAGUUCAAAAAUAACUACUCAAAUGGAGAACGAUAUUACAACAAAUUCCAUUAACAAUGAUACAUACAAUAAUUUAUAUUUCCAUUUGAGUCAUAGUGUAAAUAGUUUUGUUGCUGAUCGAGUGCAAAAUGACAACAAUUAUGGUAAAGCAAUACAUGUUAAAGAAAAUAACUUGGAUAUAUUAUUAGACAGUAAUAAUAUUAAAAAUUAUAGAGAAAAAAAAAAAUCUUUUACAGAAGUUAAAAAAAAAACUAUAUCCACAAACAAUCCUAUCUCUGAUAUUAAUUCUAAUGAUAUUAAAAAUAUGAGUGAAAAUAUAAUGUCUAGUAAUAAAUUCAAAGAUAUAAGCAAAAAGGACUUAGUAAGUGAGCACGCCCCUAGUAAAGAUGUCGAGUUUUUACCUGCCCCCUCCAGUAAUCUGCAUUAUCAUAAUGAAAAAAACCCUUUUACCGACUUAGUCAACUUUAUAAAAUUUAAAAAUAGUCAACAAAAAAAAAGUGUAAAAGGAAAGAGUGGUGGCAUACAAAAUGAUGACAAAAAUGUAAUUAGUUCCAUGGGGAAAGAGGAGGAGGAAGUACAGGUUCCUACUGAGGAAGUAAAAAAAAUUGAACAGACUAAAAAAAGUGAAGUAAAAGAUAGCAAGGAAGUAGAAGGUGAAAGGAAAAAAAAAAGUGAACAAAGAAAAAGUAGUGAGGAAGUAAAAGGUAGUGAGGAAAUAAAAGGUAGUGAGGAAAUAAAAGGUAGUGAGGAAAUAAAAGGUAGUGAGGAAGUAAAAGGUAGUGAGGAAAUAAAAGGUAGUGAGGAAGUAAAAGGUAGUGAGGAAAUAAAAGGUAGUGAGGAAAUAAAAGGUAGUGAGGAAGUAAAAGGUAGUGAGGAAGUAAAAGGUAGUGAGGAAAUAAAAGGUAGUGAGGAAGUAAAAGGUAGUGAGGAAAUAAAAGGUAGUGAGGAAGUAAAAGGUAGUGAGGAAAUAAAAGGUAGUGAGGAAAUAAAAGGUAGUGAGGAAAUAAAAGGUAGUGAGGAAAUAAAAGGUAGUGAGGAAGUAAAAGGUAGUGAGGAAGUAAAAGGUAGUGAGGAAGUAAAAGGUAGUGAGGAAGUAAAAGGUAGUGAAGAGGUAAAAAAAAGGGAAUUAAAAGGAAGUGAGGAAGCACAUGGUGACAAACACAAAAUAAAACAGGUUAUCAAGCUAUCACAAGAAAGCAAAGACGAGGGAAAAACAAAUAAGGAGGAAACCGUAGAUCUUGCUGACAAGGAAAAAGGAGCGUUAGAAACAAAUGAAAAGCAUAAGGAAAAAAUAGAUAAAACUGAAAAGAUAGCAAAUGAAGAAAGUGCUAACAAGUGUGAUAAUAAAAAUAAGGAAGAACAUAAUAGCGUUUUCAAAGACCACAUGGGAAAAGCAUCCCACCUCGUAACUGAGAAAAAUAAAGAAAUUUAUAAUAUUAACAGUAGUGAUGAACAUUUAUCGGAUGUAGGUAUUAAUAGUACGGAAGUGGUUAAAACAAAUAUAAUAAAUAAUCAUUUUAAAGAAGACGUUUUUUCAGAAGAUGUAAUAAGUAGAAUGAAUAAUUUAAAUAAUGAAAUUUAUUCUAACAAAGGAACAGAUGAAGAAGAGUUUCAUAGUGUAACUGAUAACAGUAGAGCUGAUUUAUCAAGUUUUUCUAUAUAUCCUAUAGAUAAAGGAAGUGAAUAUUUAGAAGAAAAAAAAACAUUCCAGGGUGAUGAAGGUCCUAGUGAAUUGAGUAAAAAUAAUGAAAAGUUAGAUGACCCAAAAAUAUCAUUAUUAAGAUAUACAAAUAUGGGUGGAUGUAGAAAAGCAACAACAUUAAAUAACAAACAAACCCAAAAUAAUAUUCCGAUGCCUAAAAUUUCCCUUGAUAAUUUAACCUUAUUAAAUGAAUCCUCAAAUAAUGAAGAAAAUAGUCGCAUAAUGCAGGAAAAUACGAUAGAUCUUAUAGACACCGAAAUAGACAGAGAAAUAAAUAUCGAAGGAAAUAUUAACGAAGCAAAUUCCUUGAAAGAGGGAAAAAUCAAAAAGCUUCAAAAACAAAAUACAUUUACGUUCAACAAUGAAAAAACCAAAAAUAAGAAAAAUAACAAAAAAAGAAAUAAAAAAAAAUGA